AUGGCCGAAGGGGGUUGUGCGAAGACUGAGGAGGAGGAAGGGACGAGUACUGAGGAAGACUUACAGUCCUACCAUGGAAUCGGUGUGUGCAAAUGGUUUAAUGUUCGGAUGGGAUUCGGGUUCCUCUCCAUGACGAGCAGAGAGGGUACGCCUUUAGAAACACCCGUCGAUGUGUUUGUGCACCAGAGUAAACUUCACAUGGAAGGUUUCCGUAGUCUGAAGGAGGGCGAAGCAGUGGAGUUCACUUUUAAGAAGUCCUCUAAGGGCCUGGAGUCUCUGUGGGUGACUGGUCCAGGAGGAGUCCACUGUAUCGGCAGUGAAAGGAGACCCAAAGGCAAGAGUGUUCAGAAACGGCGUUCCAAAGGGGACAGGUGCUACAAUUGUGGAGGUCUGGAUCAUCAUGCUAAAGAGUGUAAGCUCCCCCCACAACCUAAGAAGUGCCAUUUCUGCCAAAGCAUUUCUCACAUGGUGGCCAACUGCCCAGUCAAAGCCCAGCAGUCGUCGGCUACUGCUCAGGGAAAGCCUUGUUCUCCGAGGGGGGAGGAAGAGGAACAGAACCACUCUCCUCCACCUGCAGAGAGCUCCAACUGA